AGUUGAGAAGAAAAUCACCCUCGAUGUAAUACAGAUUUGUCCUAUCACAAGUGAAAGAAGUAGUUGUGACUUUGGUACGGCAUUGACGUUCUUGAUAGCUUUACAGUUAAUCAGGGAGUGUAGAAACGUGUGUAUUCUGAUAAGACAGGUACAAGCCCUACGCACAAGGCCAUUGGCACUGAUAUGAAAGAGCCACCAAAGUGGGUAGGGGACGCUUUGCCACUCACCUUAAUAGGGGUGACAUUGGCUACUCUUAAAAUAACACUGCCAUUUUGGGGCGGGUAGAGAAGGUGAAGGUGGUGCAGUAGUAUAUAAAGCUGAGCCAACAGUCUGGUCCUGCUCUGGAGGUUGGGGAUUUUACUGUGAGGAAAGUCCCUAGAGUGGCUAUAAAGACUCUUCCAAGAUUUCGGGGGAAAAGAGGACUGAGCGUUGGACUUCAAUAGAUUUGGGCAGGCCCUCCACCAUGAGUAAAGGGGACUCUUACGACAUGUUUGAGAUGAAUGGAGAGGUGGACGUCAAGAUGAAGAAAAAGAAGAAGAUAAAGAAAAAGGAUAGGCUAGAGGGCAUGAAGAAGGAGAUGGACAUUGAUGACCACGAGAUCACAAUAGAAGAGCUAGAGAUGAGGUAUACCACCAGUGUAAGCAAGGGCCUGACCUCCAGCAAAGCUGCGGAGGUUCUGGAGCGGGAUGGCCCCAAUGAACUGCUGCCCCCCAAAGGGACCCCAGAGUACGUCAAGUUUGCCCGCCAGCUGGCCGGAGGGCUGCAGUGUCUGAUGUGGGUGGCAGCCGUGAUCUGCUUCAUUGCUUUCGGCAUCGAGUUCUCCAGGGGAACCCUCGGCUGCUUUGACGAUCUGUACCUCGCCAUCACUCUGAUCACUGUUGUUGUGGUGACUGGCUGUUUCGGUUACUACCAAGAGUUUAAGAGCACCAACAUCAUCGCCAGCUUCAAAAAUCUAGUGCCACAGCAAGCCCUGGUGAUCCGUGACGGGCAGAAGAACCAGAUCAAUGCCAUGGACCUGGUGGUGGGAGACCUGGUGGAGAUCAAGGGUGGUGACCGCGUGCCUGCUGACAUCCGCAUCAUCUUUGCCCAGGGCUGUAAGGUGGAUAACUCAUCCCUGACAGGAGAGUCAGAGCCCCAGAGCAAAACCCCGGAGUGUACCCACGAGAACCCCCUAGAGACCAAGAACAUUGCCUUCUUCUCUACCACCUGCCUGGAAGGAGUGGCCACAGGAACGGUCAUCAACACGGGUGACCGCACCAUCAUUGGCCGCAUUGCCAGCUUAGCGUCAGGCGUAGGCAAUGAGAAGACGCCAAUUGCCAUAGAGAUUGAGCACUUUGUUGACAUCAUUGCUGGGCUGGCCAUCUUCUUUGGCUUCACCUUCUUCGUGGUGGCCAUGUUUAUCGGCUAUGCCUUCCUGGAGGCUAUGAUCUUCUUCAUGGCCAUCGUGGUGGCCUAUGUACCUGAGGGGCUGCUGGCUACUGUCACUGUGUGUCUGUCGCUGACGGCCAAGCGUCUGGCCAGAAAGAACUGUGUGGUGAAGAACCUGGAGGCUGUGGAGACACUGGGCUCCACCUCGGUCAUCUGCUCUGACAAGACGGGCACUCUGACGCAGAACAGGAUGACCGUGGCCCACCUGUGGUUCGACAAUGUGAUCCAUGCCGCAGACACCACAGAGGACCAAUCAGGUCAGAGCUUUGACCAAUCAUCCGAGACAUGGCGAUCGUUGGCAAGAGUGGCAGGACUCUGUAACCGGGCCAUCUUCAAACCCAACCAGGAGUCUCUGCCGAUACCUAGGAGAAUAGUGGUGGGCGACGCCUCAGAGACGGCUCUGCUGAAGUUCACUGAGCUGGCCAUAGGGAAUAUGAUGGAAUACAGGGAGCGAUUCAAAAAAGUUGUUGAAGUACCAUUCAACUCCACCAACAAGUUCCAGCUGUCAGUGCAUGAGUUGGAGGACCCCAUGGACUUGCGCUACCUGCUGGUGAUGAAGGGGGCGCCAGAGAGGAUCUUGGAGCGCUGUUCCACCAUCCUGAUCAAGGGCCAGGAGAUGCCUCUGGAGGAACAGUGGAGAGAGGCCUUCCAGACCGCAUACAUGGACUUGGGGAGCCUGGGGGAGAGAGUGCUGGGUUUCUGUCACAUCUAUCUAAAUGAGAAUGAGUUCCCUCGUGGUUACAAGUUUGACUCUGAUGAGAUGAACUUCACCACGUCUGGUUUGUGUUUCGCUGGACUCAUCUCCAUGAUCGACCCGCCCCGUGCCACUGUGCCUGACGCUGUCAUGAAGUGCCGCACAGCUGGAAUAAGGGUAGUCAUGGUGACGGGUGACCACCCGAUCACGGCCAGAGCCAUCGCUGCCAACGUUGGCAUCAUCACAGAGGGCAGUGAGACAGUAGAGGACAUUGCUACCAGGAAACGCAUUCCAGUGGAGCAGGUCAACAGGAGGGAUGCCCGUGCCUGUGUGAUCAGUGGUGGUCAGCUGAAGGACAUGAGCAGUGAAGAGCUGGACGAAGCGUUGAGGAGUCACCCUGAAAUGGUGUUCGCCCGCACCUCCCCCCAGCCCCCCAGCUCCCCCCCACUCAUCAUCGUGGAGAGCUGUCAGCGCCUGGGCUCCAUUGUGGCUGUGACAGGCGAUGGGGUGAACGACUCCCCUGCGUUGAAAAAGGCAGACAUCGGUAUUGCCAUGGGCAUAGCUGGCUCCGAUGCAGCUAAGAAUGCAGCUGACAUGAUUCUGCUGGAUGACAACUUUGCCUCCAUCGUCACAGGGGUGGAGCAGGGUCGUCUGAUCUUUGACAACCUGAAGAAAUCCAUUGCGUACACACUGACCAAGAACAUUCCGGAGCUCACACCCUACCUCAUCUACAUCACUGUCAGUGUUCCUCUGCCAUUGGGCUGCAUCACCAUCCUCAUGAUUGAGCUGGCCACUGACAUUUUUCCCUCUGUGUCUCUGGCCUAUGAGAAGGCAGAGAGUGAUAUUAUGCAUCUGAAACCCAGGAACCCGCGUAAGGAUAGGUUGGUGAACGAAUCUCUGGCUGCCUACUCCUACUUCCAGAUUGGAGCGAUCCAGUCUUUCGCUGGUUUCACAGACUACUUUACAGCGAUGGCCCAGGAAGGCUGGUAUCCUCUGCUGUGUGUGGGGCUCAGGUCCCACUGGGAGAACGUCCAUCUGCAGGACCUGCAGGACAGCUAUGGCCAGGAGUGGACAUACGCCCAGCGUCUGUAUCAGCAGUACACUUGCUACACUGUCUUCUUCAUCAGUAUCGAGAUCUGCCAGAUCGCUGACGUGUUGAUCAGGAAAACCCGCCGUCUGUCCAUCUUCCAGCAGGGCUUCUUUAGGAACAAGGUGCUAGUGAGUGCCAUCGUCUUCCAGCUGUUACUGGGUAACCUGCUGUGCUACUGCCCAGGGAUGCCAAACAUUUUCAACUUCAUGCCCAUUAGGGGCCAAUGGUGGUUUGUUCCAAUCCCAUACGGAAUUCUAAUCUUUGUCUAUGACGAGAUCAGAAAGCUGGGGGUCAGAAGACAUCCAGGAAGUUGGUGGGACCAGGAGCUGUAUUAUUGAGAGAAGAGGGCAGAUAUCUAGACCAGAGCCAUAGGUAUAAAGAUGCAGGUUAGCGUUUUCCGUCAUGAAUCUUGUUCUGGAGGCAGCUCUGCUCUGCAGUGGUCACUAGCUGGCACAGCCACAAAGUCAUAAAAUCUGAUUUUAAUCCUAACCCUAACCACACUGCUAACCCUAGCUAAUGGCUAACCCUAAACUGAAAUUCAUUUUUGUUUUCAUGAAUUUUUACAAUAAGUCCAAUUUGACUUUGCAGCAGGCCUAUGAGGAAAUCGCUCAGUUCUGCCUCUAGGACAAGACACACAACAAUAAACGUCAACCUGUUAUACAAACCGAGUCUGGCUAGCAAACUGUCCUCCAUCUUGGCCCCAAACAUUCCAUUACAAACAUUGGUGCCAUGGUGCCCAUUACAAUUUAAAUAUCAAACAAGGUUUGCCAAAUUCUAUACAAGUGUAGCUCUGAAUAUCCUAAACCAUUUCUGACAUGGAACCAAAUAUUAUACAUUGAAAUAACCAUAAAUUCUUAUGUGAUAUGUUUUUAAAGACACACCUCCAUGUUCUAAUACAAAAAAAUAAGAAUUCUUGAUGUGAGUUUGUCGUAUCAAUUUUAAUUUAGAAUCCUUUCCUUUUGUAAAUCCAGUAUGUAUAUGUCUGUGUGUGAUUGCCUUUUGCUUCUGAAUUCCAUUGCCUUUUUAUGUAUAACAUCAAACAUAUUUUCCGUUAAGGGUUCUUUCUUGGUGAUAAUGUUGGAGUUACAGUAGCUUAUAGCAAUUGUAUUUCUGUAUUUUUAUGAAUAAAGUGUGUCAAAUAUAA